AUGUCAAGCGAGGAAUAUUCAGAUGAAGAUGAUCAACAAAGUCCAACGAGUGUUGAUAUUACAGAAGAAAAUCCGAAUAAAGAAAAAAAGGAGAAAUGUAGUUGUACAAAAGGAUGUUCAAAGCGUAGUUGUUCUUGUUUCCAAUUCGGUAGUGGAUGUAAUUCAUCAUGUGGAUGUAGUUCAUCAUGUGAGAAUAUGUUUAAUCAUCUGGAAUAUUUCUUCGGCGAAGAUACCAAAUUAUCUGCUCAUCCUUGUUUUACAAAAUGGCUUAUCAAAAAAGCUAAGAAUACCGAUGGAUUAAAAACAAUUAAUCGUCGUGCAUUAUGUCAACUUAUUAUAGAAUGUGAUAAUUAUUCUGAAGUUUGUUCUAUCGAGGAAGAUUUCGAAGAAUGGACACAAAAGUGGAAAAUGAUCGAUCAAGAUCACAAGUUGGCUCAUAUGCAAACACUUUUUCGAAUGCUUUUAUCUGAUGAUGAGACAACAGGACGUUAUUAUUCUUUUUGUCAAGAUUAUUUAGUUCAAGAAAAUCUUAAAUGGCAUUGUAUUAAAUGUCAAGAAUGUAUGGAUUGGAGAGAAUGGCACUGUGGAAUAUGUGAUAAAUGUACCUAUGGUGUUACCUUACCAUGUGAGGGAUGUGGAGGAAGAAGUGAAAGAUCGGUUAUUUCUUAG